AUGUUCGUGCCGUUGGGUGAGAAAGGCGACAUCUCACUGAUUCUGAUGCGUCGGCAGAUGUAUAUCUUUACAAACUCAAAGCUUUUUGCAAUUGCUGUUGUUGGUGUGCUGUUCAUCAUGUUUGCAUUCUAUAUGGGGAAUUCGUAUAAAUGGGCAAGUGAGCUAGUCAACAACAAUCUUCCAACAUCAAAACAAAGGCACUCUUCAGGAUCUCUGAAUUAUAAGUCAUCUUUGCCCACACAACGUCGCUUACCUGGUCCAUGCACCUGUCCUGAUGGCUUUACAGUUCUCAAAGACCACAUCCCAAAAGACCAGUAUGAGGAAUUAAUGCAGCGACGAGCUAAAGAGUUCCAGCAAUACAAAGCCAGGACUAAUUCAAUACUAUCCAAGCUACUUUUUGCUUUGCCUAACUCUCCUCUGCAGUAUCCUAUCCAGGGCGUUAUAGCACGACCCUUGACUGCAACUGCAAUACCAGGUUCUGGAGGGACGGAACUGAUUAUUGAGUCUAGCAGCCUGUUGGUCCUCAAUGACCUGCUGGCCAAAGUGUCCUAUACCAGCACCAUCUACCACAUAAACACUGGAGACCUUGUCACCUUCCAGUUUGAAAACUAUGAAGCCGUGUUUCCCAUUACCAUCCAGCAGCCUCAUGUACCAGUCCUGUAUGACAUGGGAACAGAAAACAAAUCUUAA